CGGAGCCGAGCCCCAGCCCCAGCGAGAGAGCGGGCGGGUGGCCCAGGGGCGCAGCGGUGAGGACCGCGGCCAGAGCUCGGCGCCAACCACCGCGGGCCUCCCAGCCAGCCCCGCGGCGGGGCAGCGGCAGGAGCCCUGGCUGUGGUCGGGGGGCAGUGGGCCAUGCCGGGGGCAGUGGAAGGCCCCAGGUGGAAGCAGGCGGAGGACAUUAGGGACAUUUACGACUUCCGAGAUGUUCUGGGCACGGGGGCCUUCUCGGAGGUGAUCCUGGCAGAAGAUAAGAGGACGCAGAAGCUGGUGGCCAUCAAAUGUAUUGCCAAGAAGGCCUUGGAGGGCAAGGAAGGCAGCAUGGAGAAUGAGAUUGCUGUCCUGCACAAGAUCAAGCACCCCAACAUUGUAGCCCUGGAUGACAUCUAUGAGAGUGGGGGCCACCUCUACCUCAUCAUGCAGCUGGUGUCGGGUGGGGAGCUCUUUGACCGUAUUGUGGAAAAAGGCUUCUACACGGAGCGGGACGCCAGCCGCCUCAUCUUCCAGGUGCUGGAUGCUGUGAAAUACCUGCAUGACCUGGGCAUUGUACACCGGGAUCUCAAGCCAGAGAAUCUGCUGUACUACAGCCUGGAUGAAGACUCCAAAAUCAUGAUCUCCGACUUUGGCCUCUCCAAGAUGGAGGACCCGGGCAGUGUGCUCUCCACCGCCUGCGGAACUCCGGGAUACGUGGCCCCUGAAGUCCUGGCCCAGAAGCCCUACAGCAAGGCUGUGGAUUGCUGGUCCAUAGGUGUCAUUGCCUACAUCUUGCUCUGCGGUUACCCCCCCUUCUAUGACGAGAAUGAUGCCAAACUCUUUGAACAGAUUUUGAAGGCCGAGUACGAGUUUGACUCUCCUUACUGGGACGACAUCUCUGACUCUGCCAAAGAUUUCAUCCGGCACUUGAUGGAGAAGGACCCAGAGAAAAGAUUCACCUGUGAGCAGGCCUUGCAGCACCCAUGGAUUGCAGGAGAUACAGCUCUAGAUAAGAAUAUCCACCAGUCGGUGAGUGAGCAGAUCAAGAAGAACUUUGCCAAGAGCAAGUGGAAGCAAGCCUUCAAUGCCACGGCUGUGGUGCGGCACAUGAGGAAACUGCAGCUGGGCACCAGCCAGGAGGGGCAGGGGCAGACGGCGAGCCAUGGGGAGCUGCUGACACCAGUGGCUGGGGGGAUGGCAGCUGGCUGUUGCUGUCGAGACUGCUGCAUGGAGCCGGGCGCAGAACUGUCCCCCACACUGCCCCACCAGCUCUAGGGCCCCGGACCUCGGGUCAGGAUCCUCUGCGUGGGAGGGCUUGGGGGCAGCCUGUUUCCCUUCCCUCCCUGAACCGGGAGUUUCUCUGCCCUGUCCCCUCCUCACCUGCUUCCCUACCACUCCUCACUGCAUUUUCCAUACAAAUGUUUCUAUUUUAUUGUUCCUUCUUGUAAUAAAGGGAAGAUAAAACCA